CCCGCGACAGGUUUCGAGCUCAGACACAGACGAACCCGAUGGAUUACGGCGUUCCCGCAGCGCUCGGCGUGGCGCCCGAACUGAUGGAGGAGGUGUCCACCGGGACCACGAUCAUGGCGUGCGUGUACGACGGUGGAGUCGUCCUGGGAGCCGACAGUAGGACCUCGACGGGGAACUACGUGGCGAACAGAGCCUCGGACAAGAUCACGCAGGUGAUGGACAACGUCUGGAUGUGCCGUUCGGGCUCGGCUGCGGACACGCAGAACGUGUGCGCGUUCGUGAAGAACGCCGUGGAGGAGCACGGCAUCAUGAGCGGCAGCGAUGAGCCCGGCAUGGCGGACGUCAAGCUCGUGGCCAACGUCACGAUGCAGAUCGCGUACAGGAACAAGGACCGUCUGUCCGCCGGCAUGAUCAUCGCGGGUUGGGACCGACGCGCGGGGCCGCAGGUGUUUGGCAUCCCUCUCGGCGGGUCGCUAGAGAAGUGCGACUUCACCCUGGGAGGCAGCGGCAGCGCGUACAUCACCGGGUUUUGCGACGAUACCUGGAAGCCGGGGAUGUCCAGGGAGGAGGCGGAGGCGUGGAUCAGGCGCGCCAUCUCGAUCGCGAUAUCCCGGGACGCGUCGUCGGGUGGCGUGAUCCGCCUGGUCACCAUCCACGAAAAGGGAGCGGAGAAGCAGAUGUUCGAGCCGGCGCAACACCCGCUGGCCUACGACGAGCUGCCGGUGAUUCGCAGGGAGGAGGUCGUCGCUUAGGUUUCUCAGAGUCGGUCGCGCGUUGUGAAUGUCGAAAAACAGAACUUGAAUUAUUACAUGCAGAUUAUGCACAGCUGUGUGCCG